CAACCGCCAAUAAAAACGUAGAAGAAGAAGAAGAAGACCGUCUUCCGCUUCCUGUCGGCGGUCUGUCCCUGCGGAGUUGCUCACACAUUCCCAAACAUGGCUGGGAGACGAGCUGCACUGAAGGCCAUUGACUGGGUGGCUUUCGCAGAGAGGGUGCCGCCCAACCAGAGGACCAUGUUCAACAACCUGAAGACACGAAGUGAUGCCAUCGCUGCCAAACUCACCUCUCUACCCGAGAAACCUCUUGCUAUUGACUGGAGCUACUACAGAUCUGUUGUGGCUAAAGCAGGCAUGGUGGAUGAGUUUGAAAAGAAGUUCAGUGCCCUGAAGGUCCCGGAGCCUGUAGACACUCAGACAACAAUUAUAAAUGCUCAGGAGGAGGAAGCGAACAAAUCAGCCACUGCCUACGUUGAAGCAUCCAAGGCUCGUAUCGCUCAGUAUGAGAAACAGCUGGAAAAAUUCAAGAACAUGAUCCCGUUUGACCAGAUGACGAUUGAAGAUCUGAAUGACACAUUCCCAGAAACAAAGCUGGACAAAGAAAAGCAUCCUUAUUGGCCACACAAGCCCAUCGCUGAUCUGUAAAUUCACCACACUAUCUAUAUUCCAUAUGCUGAGGAAAGAUCUGUCUAUAAGUCUGUAUAUCAGCUUCUCAAGAAAUGAAAGCAUUGUGUGUUUUAUUUCUUUGUAAUUUGGCGUAAUUAAAUCCUGAAAUCGUG